CCCCAAAUCCCUUCUCUAAUCUCAUGUGGGUGCUUCCUCAACCACGCCCACACCUCUCCUCCUCCUCUUCCGCUUCUCCACCCCCUCUUCAGACUCCUCCUCUACCCUAACAAUGGCGUGGCCCAUCUCCAUGAGAUCCCCUGCUACCCACCACCCUCUCCUCACUUCUCCCUCUCAUCUUCUUCGCCGCCCCGCCUCGCCUACUGGGCUCCGCCCAUCCCGCUCGAGAAGCCCUAGAAGAAGGACCAUGGCCAGUAACGCGGCCGUGGCCGUGGAGCAGGAGACCCAGGCCAAGGUCUCCCUGUUGAGGAUUGGGACCAGAGGGAGUCCUUUAGCCCUCGCACAAGCUUACGAAACUCGAGACAAACUGAUGGCAACCCACCCAGAAUUGGCAGAGCACGGAGCUAUCGAGAUAAUAAUCAUCAAAACCACGGGUGACAAAAUACUGAAUCAACCGCUAGCUGAUAUUGGCGGAAAAGGCUUAUUCACGAAGGAGAUCGAUGAGGCUCUCUUGGAAGGUAGAAUCGACAUUGCAGUUCAUUCGAUGAAGGACGUCCCCACGUAUGUCCCUGAUGGAAUGAUUUUGCCGUGCAAUUUACCAAGAGAAGAUGUCAGGGAUGCUUUUAUAAGCUUGACUGCAAGUUCUCUUGCUGAGCUUCCGGCUGGAAGUGUUGUUGGAAGUGCUUCCUUAAGAAGACAGUCUCAAAUCCUCCAUAGAUAUCCAUCCUUAAAGGUUGAAAACUUCAGAGGAAAUGUUCAGACGAGACUGAAGAAGCUGAAUGAGGGAAUAGUCCAUGCAACAUUAUUGGCCCUAGCCGGGCUCAAGCGGCUAAAUAUGACUGAAAAUCUCACAGCUAUACUAUCUGUGGAAGAAAUGCUUCCUGCAAUUGCUCAAGGUGCUAUCGGAAUAGCCUGUAGAAGCGACGAUGAUAAAAUGAUUAACUAUUUAUCUUCUCUGAAUCAUGAGGAGACCAGAUUAGCUGUUGCUUGUGAAAGGGCAUUCCUUGAGACACUUGAUGGUUCCUGUCGAACUCCGAUCGCUGGCUAUGCUUGUCGUGAUAAUGACGGGAACUGUACAUUUAGAGGUUUGGUCGCUUCACCCGAUGGUACUCGAGUAUUGGAGACAACGCAAACAGGGCUAUACGAGUAUGAUGUUAUGGUCGCAAUGGGCAAAGAUGCCGGGAAGGAAUUGCUUUCGAAGGCCGGCCAGGACUUCUUCGAUUGGUAGUUUGCGUGCUUACUAAACAGGAAAGAGGGGGAAGAAGAGACUUCGAGCUUCGGCAUUGUGCUUCUUUUUCUUUUUCGAGUUUGUACCAUUAGAGGUUGUACUUUAAGUUCGAGUUGUAACAGUGUAAUUGUACUCUUCGCAAUUUUUUGCUGAUUAAUAUGUUUCAUUCGUCA